UGAGCAAUGUAGUGCUGCGAGGCGGCCUGAGAGGAUCCAUCACAGAAACAAACCCCCUCCCACUCCGAGUGCCCCCGCUUCAGAUGCAACUCCAAAUACAUAAAGCCUCCAUGUUGCAAGGGGACUGUAGGGCCAGCGGAUGAACAGUUUGCUUUAAAGUGUUAGCCAACUUCAGCAACGUGCUUUCGAUACGUGUUUUUGGACGAGAGCGAUCCUCCGACGGGCUUCCUAGUGUUUUCAACGUUGUUCCAGACGCGGCCUCACAUUUUGGAUGAUCGGAGCUUCACAGCUAACUCAAGCUACUUGCUAACUAUUUGGCGAUUCAACGUCAGUGUUUUUUUGUGUUGUUUUUUUAAGCCACACACACUGUCGGUGUUGCCCAAAAAAUACUCGUUUGCAGCGAUGGUAUUUUGCGGAGAGCUAUAAAUGACAGCCAUCCACCGGCUUCCAUCCACCACCGUGCUAGCUGGCUGGCUAUCCCCGCAGCCCCAACACUUCUCCUCGGACGGGCGCCUGUCUUUGUGGGCUGGCUGGUCAUCCUCAUCUUAAACAGCUAGCUAGGAAACCAAGCAAGCGCGCUUGCUCGAAUAACAUUGUGGGGAAACUAAACAGGAAUAACCACUCGUCUAAAUGGACCACAUGUCCAUAAUAACCCAAGUUUCCAACCCGAAGGAUGAAGAAAUACAAUCCUUUAACCAGGAGAAAGCGUCCCAGUCGAACAGCAGCCUGAAGAAGCAGAGGAGCCGGAGCAUCUUCAGCACAUUCUUCUGCUGCUUCCGCGACUACAAUGUGGACCCGCCAGCCAGCAACACCAGCUCCCUGCCUCCACCUGUCGAGGAGAACGGAUCGCCUCCCAAGUGUGACCAGGUCGAGGUCAUCCCUGUCCCUAGUCCACCAGCCAAAUACCUCCUACCAGAGAUACUAAUAUCCGACUAUGGCAAGAAGUGUGUGGUGAUCGACUUGGACGAAACGCUCGUCCACAGCUCAUUCAAGCCCAUCAGCAACGCAGACUUUAUUGUUCCGGUGGAGAUCGACGGUACCGUUCAUCAGGUGUACGUGCUGAAGCGACCCCAUGUGGACGAGUUUCUCCAAAAGAUGGGCGAGCUAUUUGAAUGUGUCCUCUUCACAGCCAGUCUUGCCAAGUAUGCUGACCCUGUGGCAGACCUGCUGGACCAGUGGGGCGUGUUCCGAGAGCGACUCUUUAGAGAAUCCUGCGUUUUCCACAGAGGGAACUACGUCAAAGACCUCAGUCGGUUGGGACGAGAGCUCAGCAACGUUAUCAUCGUUGACAAUUCGCCCGCCUCUUACAUUUUCCACCCAGAAAAUGCUGUCCCCGUCCAAUCCUGGUUCGACGAUAUGAAUGACACGGAGCUCCUGGACCUGCUGCCUUUCUUUGAGGGACUCAGCAAAGAAGAAGAGGUUUACGGAGUCCUGCAGGAUCUGAGAGGCAGGUAGCAGGACACACCACAGCGCCGCCCGCCGCCGGUGCUCUCCAUCCUCCCCUCUGUCGAUCUCUGCCCUUUUUCUACAACCACACCUCUCAGACUCAGGCGGAUCGUCCCACAAGCGCCCCUCUUGUCUCUGCCCCAAGGGGACGCCUCGGGAUCUUAACUGUGGAAACCUCCAUGUAACCCCCCCCCCCCCCCCCCCCCCCCGUCUAACCUGGUGACUGGCUGCCUUCCGAGUGCCAUCAGAGAAAAACACUAAAAUAUCCCAGGAGCACUGUGUUUCACAACAAAAAAAAAAAAAAAAACACACCAGAAAGUGUACAGAGCGUCCUAAGUUGAUAACAGUGGGGACAAAAUGCUAAGAGAAAUGAACUCUGGUCUUCAUUUUUAAACCAACAAAGUUUUACUAUUCGGUGAAGUGCUUAUUUUAAAACCAAAAAAACAACAAAAAAAACCGCCCAACAACGUUUUGUUUGACAUUUCUUUUGUGGUUCCACACAAAAGUCUGAGAAGAUCUCGUCCUCGUAUUGUUGCUAUGCAGGCAGUUUGUGGCAGAAGGAAGGACUGUGACUCUCUUUUCUUACUGAAUGAAGUGCCUUGUGUGAAUGUUGUUUAUAUGGGGAGAUAUUUUGUACUUGGCAUAUUUCCAGAGUACUUCAGUCUUUUCACACAAAAUAUGCUUUAAAGUAGACAAAGAAGUACCUUCAUAUAAACGUUUGACUUUCUUUUGUUCUUUUUGAUUCAUCAAAUGCUGGGUAAAUGUCUCCAUAAUAUUCUUAUAUUAUUUUUUCCCCCGGCAUGCUUGUGCCAUUAUAUAGACGUGACUUUCUUUCUUUCUGCUUUCAUUAUAUGUAGAAAUAUUUUGUUUUUGGCGAAGGAGUACAUUUGCAAUUGUGAACUUUUUGCCCCACCUGCAAGUACAGUAGAUCUUCAGAUGACAUUGUGCCAUUUAUCUUCUGUGUCCCCCACACACACACAUAUCUAAUUGUAUUAUUUGCCAAAUAAGCAAAUUCUUUUAUUUAUUUAUCAGGCUUCAUAUCUUUACCAGGGGUUCAGCCAUAACUGUUGAACCAUUAGUAGUACGUAUAGCAUUUUAGGAUUUAUUCUUUUGACAAAUAGUGUUUUUAUUGUCACGAGGUCUUUGUCAUGUUGUGCUUAUCAUAAGGCUAGCUGUUAGCCCGCUUCAUCUUCUCUUUUUUUCCGGGGGGGGCACACAUAAGUGGUGCUGCUUCACCCUCAGGGGAUGAUCCUUCUCAAUAAUGCUACACAGUUGCAAAGGUAUCCCUUUUGUUGAUUCAAAUAGUCCGGGAACUGACAGCAAAUGGGUCGAGUGCCAUGUUUUUAUUGUUCCACGAAGUCAGUCUCUUUAGGGAAGACAGGACGGCGUUGGUUGGAGUCUGUCAGUGUUGAAGUAGCACCAUUCUCUCUUGAUUUACAAACGGCGAUGGCCCGGUCUCGACCAGUGGAGACGAUGUGCGAUGUUUACCUUCCCAGACUCUUCUUACCUGCUCUUCACCUCAGUGCCUACGUUUGAGAGGAGCCACGCCAACCGGAUGCUGCAACAUUAGCUACCAUGGCAAUAACUUUUCUUUUUUUUUUUUUUUUUUUUAGAAGGGUUGGGGUUUUCGUUGUCUCGAGCACUUUGACAAGGUUCCGUUGACACUAAAGGGCGGCCUGGUUAUCACGAGGACUUUUAGUGUUCAUGAUUGAACCUUAACACAUUCAUUUCUCACAUUAUUUGACCCGAAAACUGGACAUACACGUAUAAGUUAGUGUAAUUGUUUUUUUGGUUUUUUUUAACGAAAAACUGAAACAACUUGAACGAUGCUUGGUCUUUUUCAACAACAAAAGCCAAGGACCUUGUAUAGUGAUCUACAUUGCCAUACAUUAUCAGCUUUUGUUGUGCAAGAAAGUUUAAAAAAAGGAAGAAAAAAAUAAAGAUAGAACGCCUUCCAAACCUACAGAUGAGUGCUCAGUCCUGGCUGCUCCUCCAGAUGUUAGGGGCCGGCUCUAAGAGGAGCAUUACUCGGGCACCGCAACAGGACUGUGAGGAACCUCAUCAUAGCAUUUUCGCCUGUGGAGGCACAAAGCAACGCUUCUCCAUCAAGUCCAAGGUUACAUCUACAAGUUCUAGCAUCGUCUCAUUAGUACUUUCUUAUGGAGUGUGAAAUCAACAAUGAAUUCUCAUUAUGAAAGACCUACACUACUUCAUAAUUCAGCUCCUACAGGCGUAUUGAAAUAUUUCCUUUCUUUUGCAGAAGCAUUUGUGUUGGUGGUGAGCUCAUGAUGGUUUCAGUGCAAUCUCUUCUUUUUUUUUUUUAUAAGAAGUGACUCUUCUCAACCUGACCUUCCUCUGAAACAUGUUUAUCAUUGUGAUAUUUUUCUACCUACCUUUGUCAGUAUUUGGUUUGAAAAGUUGCAUAUUACCAGUUGUAUCCAGCUUGUUCUCCCCUUCCUUUCAGAUCUGUAAUGUCCCCGUCUUGCCUCUGGUAAGAAUUCUCAGUCAGGUCUCGUCUUUCCUAUCAGGGGGCGCGCGCGCGUGUGUGUGUGUGUGUGUGUGUGUGUGUGUGUGUGCGUGCGCGCGCGCACAGGCAUCAUGUUUGUGCUAACUUUCAGUUUUUCUUUUUUGUAUCACCUCACUCAUAAUCACACCAUUUUGUAUUGAUUUAACACCAUGGUUCUACAACACUUCAGUUGAAGUCAGUGUUUUGUUUUCUUGGUGAGGUCAUUCACUUUCUAUUUUUCAAACAAAAACGUGUCUGUUAUGGUUGGCUUACUUCGAGUGCCGGCAGCGUGUUUUCAUCCCGAGCAUCACUUUUUUCUUUCCAUAAUAAAAAGGAUUCAUUGAAACAAUGUCAUGUCUACAUUUUUUUAUUUUUUAUUCAAAUGUAUGACACGGUACAUGAAAUAUGGCCAAAGAUCAUCACUUCAAACUGGUGUGAUUGAGGUUUCCAAUGUCUGUACCUGAUGUGCUCUGAUAACUCAAAAAGUCCUGAGAAUGUCACUGUGUUCUGUUAGAAUAAGCUCACUGUAAAAUGUUAUACAUUCAUUUCCUUCCAAUCACGUCACAAUAAAGCACAUUUUUAUGGAG